AUGAUGAUUACCUCUGUCUUACCACUUGUUCUCCUAGCUGCUGCCUCAGCUUCACGGGUCGCCGCAUUCCCCAAUGAUAAUAUCGCGCGCCGUGCGGAUGCGAGCUCCACCGGUACGGGAGCUUCAAGCAGCACUACUGAAGCACCAACACCCUGGGUCAGCAUCUACCCAGAUGGCAGUGCCUCGACCUUCACCGAGCAUGUAACUACAAACACUCGCGGGCAACAAACGACGGUGGAUGUACAGCCCACAGGUUCCUCCAUUCCCGACACCUCUCGGUCUCAGGAUGUUUUCGCACAGUGCGACAGUAACAAAUACGAGCUCACGUCAAAGGGAAACACACAACCGUGGAUCCCGUUCUGCGCUCCUCUCAAUGGCACAGAGUGGUGGUACACAGGAAAGUAUUAUGUUACAUGGAAUCCGAACUUCUGGCAAAGGAAUUCGACGGUUACAAUCAUGCUGCAUUAUCUGAACUACGGAGGCGCUGGGGAGCUUGCUGACUCUUGGGAAGUUGCAAACUACCUUGGUUUUCACCCCAUCGUCCCAUCCAAAGAUUGGCUUAAGAACCAGACCGCUCUCAACGAAGGCGUGAAGAAGGACCUCACAGAACAGCCCAUGGCUUUCUCUAUCGUGGGCUCCGACACCUCCUCAGGAAAUGGUGUUCAAGAGGGACCCACCAUCAUACUUACGUCAGAUCCGAAAGCCGCCCCCGUGAACACAUCUCCAAACAACCGGCCGCCUGUUAGUACUCUCGGUUUGGCGAUUGGACUUCCCCUCAUGGUUGUAUUUGUAGCCGGAACACUCUGCUGCCUCCACUUCUGUAUGAGCAGUAAGCGCAAGGUCGGACCGGUGUCAAUUGGCGGUGGCCGAAGGCACUUUGUGGGCCGCGGUUACAGCGGCCGUGCGGAGAGGAGGAAGAAGGCGGCGAUGGGAGGGCAGGCUGCUUAUAGGGACGAUGUGAGCGACGUUAGCCCCAUUGACGAAAGGGGAACUGAGUGGGAGCUGGCAAAUGUUAAGGGAGGAAAUUAA